AAAACGGGCGCCCACCAGCCAGAGAAAGGAAAAAAGAAGCCGAGGCGCCUGUCCGACCAGUCAGUGUCCGGCAGUGCUCCAGUGUUCCAGCUGAAAUCCAGUUUCCAUCACACCAAAUUUAUUUUUGGAAAAGAAAUUUCGCCAUGAAACUAUUUGACGUUUUGAUCGUCGUCGCUAUCUUCAUCACCGCAGGUUGUUUGGCUGCUGCUGCUCAGGAUGUAACGGGAAGCGAGCCGCCGCCUUCCGAAGCGACUCCGGUGACGGAGGAGAAUAACAGCAGUGCUGGAACAGAAACGGCAUCAAUCCAAACGCCGGGCGAACCGGAUGAUGUCCAGGACGCCUCAACUGUUGCCAAUCCACCGGCCGAUGGCCAAGGAACCAAUUCGACGACACCAUCAAUUCCUCCUGGUCCAGUUACCGAAGGAUCGACCACUAACCGUCAACCUGAGCCGACGGAGGUGGUCAGCCAUCCAACCGUACGUGAAACAACAACGAUCCUGCCGGAGACAACAACAACAACAACUACUACCAGCAGCACUGCGAUUCCAACCACAAGUUCCAGCACGACCAUUAGCUCAACGACGACGCAAUUGAUGUCGACGUCGAGCGUCGCCGGACCGAUCCCAGUUGCUGAUCAAUCGACGGCGGGAAAUUCAAACGAUUCGACCAGCUCGUCGACCGUUUCCACGACGGAAACGGUCACGACGAGGAGGCCGACGAGGACUGCCAGAACGACGACUCAGAGGCGGUCGACCACGACGACGUCGCCUUACCACGAGUGCGUGACGUCGUCCACUUGCCUCGAUCCCAACGCCCACUGCGUCAAUUUGGGCGGCACCAACACCUGCGAGUGCCGGACGGGAUUCCGCAAAAGCUCGCCCAACGGUAGUUGUCUGCUCAUUGAAUUACCAACGACAACAACAACAACAUCUCCGCUGGAAAAUGUCACCGAGGCCAGCUCGACCACUCAACAUCUCAACGUGACGACCUCACCCGUUCAGAGCAGUUCAACCGAACCGCCAACAGCACCUGUACACCAAAAGAGAGAUGUUGUGCGACAAGCUUCGGAUUUGAGCCAAGUAGAGAAAAUGGACGUGGUUACUAUUGGGCUUCAGCCAGCCACCAGUGUGGUUGAAUGGGUAUUGGAGCAAGAUCUCACAUUUCGCACAGCCAUUGCCAGGAUCUUGACGUCAACCAACUAUUCGAUACUUGAAGAAUCGGAGACAACGAAAACUAUCAAUGUCACAGCAGAUCAGGUUCUGUAUGUGGCGCCUUCACCACAAAUGACAGCAGAAGGCCUGCUUGUAUCCUUCCUCGUUCUAGACAAAGAAAACGUUACACCCAGGCACCAUUCGUUCAUCAGUAGCAUUAUUGCAAGGCACAAGAGAGAAAUCAAUUCUACUGGUGAUUCUUCAACUGGUUAUCUACCCGCUAUAUGGAUCACCACGGCCAUCCACAGCAGCCAACUAUAUUUGGAAACAUCGCUCAACCAGACAGUUUCUUCCCUCUACGGCGGAGUCAUUCCCUAUCAGCUUUUAUCGCUCGAGCAGCUCGCCGCCGCUUCGCUGUUUGAGCGUCGCCUGGACAUCUUCAUUCCGCUUAUCUUGGUGGCCGCCCUCGGUUUCAUGGCCCUGGCUGUCAGCUUAGUUUGCAUCCGAGCCAAGACACGAUCCACGGCCACCUGGGAUCCUCCAGCCGGAGUGGUUUUCGGAAAGACUAGUAUCAAGCGAGAAAACAGAGAAGAUCCAUUGGGUAGCACCAGCAAUGCUGAUUCAACUGGCCAACAUUUGGCCACGGAUGAGCAAUGCCGCGAUGGAGAGGAGGAGCUUGUGAAGAAUUCGUCACGUAUCAAUGCGGAUGACGACGUUUGGGUCGUGCCUUACGAGGAUGGCCCCCCUCAGGGUCAACCCGGUCACCUGAAAACCCAAUACGAAGACACGAAGCUUUGAGCGACGUGACGUGACGAUCGUUUUGUACCCAAUGCUAACCGGUGUAUUCCUUUUUAUCAGACCAAUUCCGGCAAUAUUUUUGUCAGUCGAGUCAUCAACAAAAUGCCAUACCAGUUUGUGUUUUCCCCUUUUGAAAAAGUUUUGAGAGUAGAGUCAUUUUACAAUUAGAUGUAUAGAAACUUAUUUAGUCUUAAAGAUUUGCAAAAAAACAUUUUUUUUUCAUUUUUCAUUGCCCGUAGAUCCAUUUUUCUCUUUUUUUAAUUUAAUGUACAGAUUACAAAAAUUCAAGUUUCUGACCAAUUUGAAUCAUUCAGCUCUACAUUCCCACUUUCGUGUAUAUGGAACAUUGGAGAAUGCGUAUGAAUACACUGUGAAAAACGAA